AUGGCUGCAUCAGAAGAGAAUAGUGCACUUUUUCCCAUCUUUAUCUUGACAUUAAUGGCGCUGCCUCUAGUGCCGUACACAAUAGUCCAGUUAUGCCAUGCUGCGACGAGAAAGGCCACGAAUAUUAAUUGCCAGUGUUCAGUUUGCUUUCACUCUGGGAAAUAUCGCAAAUCCAUAUUCAAACGAAUUUCCAAGUUUUCAACAUACAGUAACCUGACUCUGGUGCUACUUUGGAUCGUUAUGGCUGUCCUGGUUUACUACAUCAAACAUAUCAGCACUGAGAUCCAAAUUUUUGAACCAUUCGGCAUUCUUGGAGUGGAAACUGGAGCUUCAGAUUCAGAAAUAAAGAAGGCAUAUAGGAGACUUUCCAUUUUAUAUCAUCCUGAUAAAAAUCCUGAUCCAGAGGCACACAAGUAUUUUGUGGAUUAUAUCUCAAAGGCAUAUCAGGCUCUAACAGAUCCAGUAUCACGCGAGAACUUCGAGAAAUAUGGCCAUCCUGAUGGCAGGCAGGGGCUUCAAAUGGGGAUUGCUCUUCCUCAGUUCCUUCUUAACAUUGAUGGAGCAUCUGGAGGAAUACUGUUAAUUGGAAUUGUAGGCGUUUGUAUUAUUUUGCCCCUGACAAUAGCCGUCAUAUACUUGUCAAGGUCAUCAAAAUAUACAGGAAACUUUGUCAUGCAUCAGACGAUAUAUGCUUAUUACCAUUUCAUGAAGCCUUCUUUGGCUCCGAGCAAGGCCGUGGAUGUUUUCAUUAGGGCUGCUGAAUACAUGGAAAUUCCAGUUCGUCGUACUGAUGAAGAAUCUCUUCAGAAACUGUUUGUUUUAGUCAGGAGCGAGUUGAAUCUAGACCCCAGAAACAUCCGGCAAGAACAAGCCAAGUUUUGGAAGCAGCAUCCUGCUUUAGUAAAGAAUGAGUUGUUGAUUCAAGCCCAUUUGACCCGUGAGACUUCAUCAUUAUCGCCAUCUUUGCAGCGUGAUUUCAGACAGAUGCUUGCCCUUGCACCUCGGCUUCUUGAAGAAUUGAUGAAGAUGGCAAUCAUACCACGCACUCAGCAGGGGCAUGGAUGGCUGAGACCUGCAAUUGGGGUGGUUGAGCUAUCUCAGAGUAUCAUCCAGGCUGUUCCCCUCAGUGCAAGAAAAGCAACCGGGGGAUCAAGCGAAGGAUAUGGUCCCUUUUUGCAGCUGCCAUACUUCACAGAGUCUGUCGUUAAAAAAAUCUCCAGAAAGAAAGUACGCAUGUUACAAGAUCUUCGAGACAUGAAACCAGAAGAGCGGGCAGAGUUGUUGACUCAGGUUGCUGGCUUUUCUGCCGAUGAAUCCCGAGAUGUGGAGAUAGUUAUUGAAAUGAUGCCUUAUAUUUCAAUUGAUAUAACAUGUGAGACAGAAGGUGAAGAGGGGAUACAAGAGGGUGAUAUUGUAACAAUGUGGGCUUGGAUUACUCUUCACCGUGGGAAUGGCUUAACUGGUGCUCUUCCACACGCUCCUUACUUCCCUCUCGAAAAAGAAGAGAAUUUCUGGUUACUUAUUGCUGACUCCUCGUCAAACGAUGUGUGGAUCUCUCAGAAGGUAAAUUUUGUAGACGAAGCAACGGCAAUAAUUGCUGCAACAAAAGCAAUUCAGGAGCUGAAGGAGGGGUCGGGUGAUAGUGCGAGGGAAAUAAAUGCAGCAGUAAAAGAAGCAAUUGACAGAGUUAAAGCUGGAUCUCGGCUUGUGAUGUCCAAGUUUCAGGCCCCUGCAGAGGGAAACUAUAACCUGACUUCUUAUUGCUUAUGCGAUUCAUGGAUUGGUUGUGAUGCAAAGUCUAGCAUUAAGUUGAAGGUUUUGAAACGAAGCCGGGCAGGGACAAGGGGUAUGGUCGCUGCAGACGAGUUACCGGCACUAGAGGAUGGAGGUGAUGAGGUGGAGGAAGAAGAUGAAUACGAUGAUGAUUACGAGAGUGAGUACAGUGAAGACGAUGAAGACGUUAAAGGAAAAGAGGCUAAUGGAGCUGUGGUAAAUGGCUCAGCCUAUGUUAGAGGCGAUGAUGGUUCAAGCUCAGAUGGUUCAGGAAGUGAGGAAAAUUAG